AUGGCAUCCUCGGAUGCGGUUGUGGUGCAAGUGGGGGGGGCCGGGGCCAAGGCGCCUGGCGCGCUGGAGACCGAGGUGCCGGCCGAGGACAACCCGGGGAUGUGCCACAACCCGAUGGCCACGAUCCCCAGCGCCGUCAUCGGCGUGUUCUCCGUCGUGGUGCUGAUCCUGGGCUUCGUGUCGCUGGCCGCGGGGGAUGGGCCGCUGUACGUGGCGGGGGCGGUGGCGCUGCUCGGGAGCACAGGGAUCGCCGGCUACCUGUGUGCCACGGGCGGCCUGCGCCACCAGCUGGCCAGAUUCAAGCAUCAGAACGACCGGCUGGCUAAAACAUCGGCGGCGCUGCGGGGGGAUGUGGAUAAUUUGGAGGUGACCAACCAGAAGAUCGCGCUGCACGUGGACAAGCUGGAGGACUCGGUGGACGAACUGCAGGGCGUGAGCGAGAAGCUGAAGGAAGACAUCGAGGGUUUUGGCGACCUGCGGGUGGAGAUGGAGGCGCUGGCCAAGGAGGCGGGCAAGGACCUGGACGACACUCUAGAGAGCAUCAACGGGAUGUACGACAGGAUGCAGGACCUGAAUGCCAGGGAGGAGAAGGCGCUGCUCAAGAGGGUGGCACAGGACUUGGAAUUCAUGGACCGCGACGAGAAGAUGUCCAAGGAGGAGUUUCAGAGAUUUCUGCAACGUAUACCUGCCCAAUUCAAGAAGAGGUUUGAGGAGCUGGACCUCACUUUUGCUAGCAUCGCAGGAGCUGACAAAGGAAUCGACUACAAGGAAAUGGGCAGACUCAUCGACAGGUUGAUCGCUGAGAACGAUGAACAGGUGGCAAGCAGGGCAAACAAGCCAGGGUCACCAGCAGCUGCUGCCCCAUCGAGCUGA